AUGGAAUCAACUGUAACUUACAAUCUUGAACAGUGUAUAGAUCAUAUUGGCUUUGGACGAUUUCAAUGGCGUUUCGCUAUAAUUCUUGGAUUCUUUUCGAUGACUGAAGCCAUGGAAAUGAUGCUGCUCAGUAUAAUCGGACCGGUGUUACAAUGUUAUUGGCCUGAUAUAACGGACUUUCAAGUCGCAUCGUUAACUAGCUGCGUCUUUUUUGGUAUGAUGAUUGGCGCGUUGUCCUCUGGAAUAUUGGCUGACAAAUACGGUCGUCGAAGAAUUGGUAUGAUCAGUUCGGUGAUACUUGCUGUAUUUGGAGUAGCAACGGCAAUUGCACCAACUUAUAAUUGGGUACUUGUAUCGAGAACGUUCGUUGGAUUGGCUGUAGCAGGUGAAACUCCAGUGUUUACUCUAGCAUAUGAGUAUAUACCAUCAUUUGCACGUAUCGUGUGCUACGUGUGCGCUGACCUAUGUUGGUCAAUUGGCAGUAUACUGAUUUAUAUUCUGGGAAUGCUUAUUCUGCCAUCGUACGGAUGGCGUUUAUUGACAUUAGUUUGUGCUUUUCCAGCAAUCAUGAUUCUGUUACUCAUAUGUUUCUUACCCGAAUCACCCCGGUAUUAUGUUGCAAGCGGCCAACAGGAAAAAGCGGAACAUGUUUUACAGAAAGUAGCCGCGGCAAACAACCGUUCAUUACCUGAAGGCAAAUUAGUAGAUAAACAAGCUUAUGAAGAAUGUGGUUCCAUAAAAUAUCUAUUUCAUGCCAGAUACAGAAGAUCAACAGUGCUUCUUGCAUAUAUGUGGAUCAGUAGUUGCUUUGGCUAUUAUGGUAUUGUUUUAUUGAACACGGAGUUGAUGACUUUAGCUAAGGAGACCAAUUCUUCACAUGCAGUAUUGAAUACGACUAAUUCAACGAAAUGUCAUAUGUUGGGAACAAAUGAUUAUAUAUCUUUGAUCUUCACGACAUUUGGUGAAAUGCUUGGUGUACCUUUUCUACUUUUUCUCAUACCACGCAUGGGUCGUCGAUCAAUCUCUAUCGUACAAUAUUCUAUUGCAACAGUUUGGUUUAUAGUGCUUCUAUUUGUACCUCGUAACGCACUGACAAUCAUUAGUAUCAUUACCUUCUUUGGUCGAUUGUUUCUAAACAGUCAGUUCAAUUUCAUGUAUAUUUACACUAUGGAAGUCUAUCCAACGGUGGUACGAUCCGCCGCUGUAGGAUGCGGGUCAACAAUUGGAAGAAUCGGCGGCAUUUUAGCACCUUACAUAGCGCAAGCGUUAGUCAAGCGAGCGUAUCAUGCAACUAUUGGCAUAUAUAUCGCAGUGAUAGGCUUAGGAGCCCUAUGUGCAUGUUUUUUGCCAAUUGAAACAAAAGGGCAGAGCCUAAAACAAGCCGUAGUCGAUACAGAUGAUGUGUGGAAGCCAACUGAACAUCUUACUGAAUCAUCACGAUUGACAUCUGUCGAUGAAAAGAAUACUCCCAACGAAGGAUACGAAUCUACAAUGGAUGAGAAGACGAAAAAAAACAUCACGGAGUAA